AACCAACUUCGUCCUUCAUCUUCCGUCUUAACGGGUUCCUUGUAUUAUCCAUCCACUCGAGGACUCGGCAUCGAAAGUCGUCUCACAUAUAUCCCGUCACAAAUACUCGUAGUACGCACGCACAUAAUAAGAUGGCCCUACCACCCAAGUUCGCCGGGCACAAGCUUCUCUUCGUCCCGGCGGACAGCAAACCGCCGGCAGUGGCGGCCGACAUCCCCUUCCAGCCACACACACUGGAACUCUACCUAGACUACGUGUGCCCGUUCUCGGGCAAAUUCUACCGCACCUUCUUCGAGCAAGUGGUGCCGAAGAUCCGCCAGAACCCAACCUGGGCCCAGGGGCUCCAGGUCAUCUUCCGGCAGCAGAUCCAGCCGUGGCACCCGUCGGCGGUCCUCGUCCACGAGGCGGCGCUGGCCGUGCUGCGCUUGGCGCCGGACAAGUUCUUCGACUUCAGUGCCGAGCUGUUCCGCGUCCAGCACGAGUUCUUCGACGUCAACGUCGUCAACGAGCCGCGCAACGCCACCUACGCUCGCCUGGCCGAGAUCGCGGGCAACGUCGGCGCCGACGAGGCCGCCGUGCUCAAGCUCUUGACCAUCCCUGACAAGCCCGGCCCGGACGGCGGGCUCAACGUCGGCAACGGGGUCACGGCUGAUGUCAAGCUGAUCGUCAAGCUGGCGCGGUUCACGCCCGUACAUGUGACCCCCACUGUCGUGUUUGAUGGCGUUGUCCAGGCUGGUAUCGAUUCGUCUUACACUGUGGACCAGUGGACGGAGUGGCUGGAGAAGAACAUCGCCGGCUAAGGUCGUAGUAAAUAGUGUGGCUUGGUGGCCGAGGGAGUCCUACGGGGGUAUAAUGGGGAUGAAUGAGCCAAAUUUUCUCCCUACAAUAGGCCUACAAUAGGUUAAUACUUACUAUAUCAUCGUACGUGGGGCGCGUGGCCGCGGCGGGGAGGCAGUUGUGCCCGAUCGUACUGUACUCCAACGCAUGGCUCAACGCCGACGACCCGUCGCCGGUGAGAUGGGAGAAAGAGGUCUGUAGUCUAUACGGGAUAUAGCGAAAUUCUAUUAUCGAGGUCCAUAGUCCAUAGUCCGUUCCGUGGUCCGUGGUCCGUGGUCUAUGCUUACCCCGAUAUAGAAUUAUAUUAUUUAGUGUGAACCCCCAUCUGAC